CGAAGGGUUUUUUUUUUUUUUUACAAUGGGCAUCGAGUUUCGUAUCAGUCGGCGGCCUACAGCCGACAUGGGAAGCUGAUAUUAAUGGACCAAUGGGCAGUACCAUCACGGUCAUAUGAUGCCGGGUGACAUUAGUAUUGAAAGGAUCGAUCAGCGUUGCUCUUCGUUCUAUCCUUCACGGAUAUGACCUUAGCGUCUAGCGAAGAAUAUAAUGAGCUUUACUUUAGGUUUAGUGUGGCUUCUACGGCGGUCAUAAUCUAUGACUAUGGACUCGGUUUCACUCGUGAAGUGGAACUGAUAUGGUGCCAGCGCUGGAAGCCAACGACUGUUCUAUACAUCAUUGCACGCUACCUGGGUCUUGCAAUUGCAAUAGUUCAGAUAUGGGAAGCGCCAGGCAUUUUGUUAAGCAAUACGGUGAGUGGCAUUGUCGGGCGAUCAUGGUCGUGGGGGAUGUUUGCCCUCGCGUGCACGAUGUAUGCGAUCAUGGCAUUCCGUGUUUUCGCCAUGUAUCUUCGAUCUAAGAAGAUGGGAAUAUUCAUUAUUAUCUGUUUUCUGGCCGCUAGCGCUUCCCGAGGAAUAAUGGACGGCCUAGCACUUGUUCUUACUAGCGGCUCGACAUCAGAGCAAAACAUACUUUCCGGUACGGGAGUCUGUGCUACGUCCAGGGCCCUCGCGAUACCCUUUCUUGACGGCAUUCCAAGUAUAUGCAUCGAGCUUCUAUUUCUCCUCCUCGCCGCACGGGUCCUCGUGAGGCAUAUACUUGAGAUGCAAAGUCUACGUCAAAACCGUGGAUUUGGGAAUGGUGAUGACGAUUGUAUUGCCAUCAUUAGGGACCAUGUACAGCAUUUUUUGUGUUAUCUCAUUUUGAACAUCAUGCAGGUUGCUGCUAUAUCCAUGAAUGAUGAUACCGACGGGAGCCGGUGGUAUAGAAGCAUUGCGAUAUUCUUCGUCACCAUCCAGCAAUGUGUCCUAGUCCCCCGACUGGUCAUCAGUAUCCGAGAAUAUUACUCUCAGCUCGAUUAUAUGCGAGAUGGUGCCACAAACUCAGACCUCGGCAUCAUGUCAUUUGCGUAUAACUCCGAUACAUGAACGAUGACGGUAGCAGAGCAGUUCCAGACAAUGGCAGCAAUGAAGUCAUCGGGGAACUUCAAUCAUGGAAGAGUACCGUCCGGAGCCCCCUUCAGAGGAGGCAAACCACGGUGACUAAUUAAUACCUAGAUGUCGAGCUUCUGCCAGCGACAUUAAGUGACUCGGGAAUCACGUUGGAAUGAUCGAUAUUGCGGCGGCGCGUAGCCAGAGUCUGCGUGCUAUUAUUGCUUGCGAAUUUGAGUCAUCAAUAGUGUCGUUUCUUCAAUCUUUCGCAUGACACUCCAAUGAUGUUGGUUGAGGAAAGGGAGUAGUGCUAUUCUCGUAUAAG